CUUUUUCUCUGUCUCUCUUUAUAAAAUAAAUCAAUGGUUUGCAAAAAGUGUGAAAAGAAGUUAAUUGCAGUGGCUGCACCAGACACAUGGAAAGAAGGAUCAAAUAACGCCGUUGCUGGAUCUUCUGGAAGAAAAAUCAAUCAAAACAAGUUGUUAUCAAAAUCUGCAAAAGCAAAUCGUUUUAAUCCUUUAGAGGGCAAGUGUAAAUUAUGUAAAAACAGAGUUCAUCAGACCAAAGCAAAUUAUUGUCAAGAUUGUGCAUAUAAAAAGGGUAUUUGUGCCAUUUGUGGAAAGCAAGUAUUGGAUACCACUAAUUACAAACAGUCUUCAAAGUAAAAAAAAAGAUAUACACAGCAUCACCCAUUAUUACUCUCUAUCGCACCUUCAUUAUUGUUCAAUUUGCUCAAUUUAGAUUUAAUUAAGCUUUUCUUGUUCUUCAGUCAUGGUCAAUCUACCAUUCAAUCUACUUUAAAAAACACAUUUUUUAUACAAUAAAAUAACAAUUAUGCGUCAUCAAAAGUUCCAC